GCAGGUUGGUAAAACUUCCGUAACGUUAGCUUGUCAGAAGAUAGAAAGCAGUCAACUGCAAUGCAGUCAAAAGAGGAGACUGUAGCCAUUUUAAAGCAGUUUGAUAUUGGAGAGAAGUUCUCCUACCUACCUGUCCUGCCCAAAGCCUCAGUGUUGAUCCCACUGUUUGUGAGGGCUGGGAGGCUACACACCUUAAUGACCCUACGUUCAACCAAGCUGAGGACCAGCGCUGGUGAGGUGUGUUUCCCGGGUGGGAAAAGAGACCCCGGUGAUCAAGAUGAUGUGGACACAGCCCUUCGAGAAGCGGAGGAGGAGAUCGGUCUGAAGCCUGAUGAUGUUCAGGUGGUCUGCACACUGUUUCCAGUCAUCAAUAAGAGUGGCCUUUUGGUGACCCCGGUCGUCGGCUUCAUCAAUGAAUCGUUUCACCCAGUAUUAAACCCUGCUGAAGUCAGCGCUGCGUUCUCAGUCCCACUGGACUUCUUCAUCAGCGACAAGGACCACUACACAACUCACAACGCUCCUGGGGUAAUGGGGCCUUUGCACUCCUUUCAUUUUGUGGACCCCGUUUCAAGAAGCCAGUACCACAUUUGGGGGCUGACAGCCAUGCUGGCGGUUGUAGUUGCCGUCAUUGCUCUGAAGAAAAAACCCGAGUUUGAUGCCGGCUUUAAUACCGAGGAUCCUUUAUCAUUUUUCCAACACCUUCUGCAUAAAAGACUGAGCAAACUGUGACCAAGGUUAAUUUUAAUACAUUUAGGACUGUACAAAAGACAUUAAGCCGGAGUGCACUGUGAACCUAAACUUCGACGCAAUUUGUUUUAACUAUUGUAAUGCUGCCAAUUUGCACACUUGUUUUGACUAAUAAACUUUUAUAAUCUAAUACUGGC